CUAGCAUUUCCUGUUUUCUGUUUACCACACCUGAGUCGGGCAUCAGCAUCAAAAGGAUGUGGUAGAAGUUGCGAAUUUGCUUCAGUUCCCUAUAUCAACAGUACAACAAACUCAAGCAACAUAAAACGAUUCGCAGCUUGAUUAUCAUGUCGCUGGUUGCAAAAUCCGUCCUCGUGCUUCAGGUUGCGCUCUACUGGAGCCAUGCAACUCCCGACGGCACCACCUCCAAAAGGAGGAAAGCGGGGACGUCGCGCAGACCUCUCACGGCCGAGAAGGAGGUUCUGAGGUCGCAGUGGAAGUUGUACUCCGAGGUGGUCGAGCCGGCCCUGAAACUAUCCAUCGGAGGCGGAAUGCGAAAGCGCGCCGAAGUGGAGCCCGACCGACCGAUGUUCGGGAUUGCGUCCGAGG